CUAUACUGCCGAGGGACAGAUUCCUUUAUUCUAAAAUUAUUUCAGCCAUUUGGUUGUCCUCUUCAGCAAUCAGUUUAAGAAAUUGGAAUCAACCAUAUAUUGAUAUCCAGAUUCUAAAUAGUAAGUAUCAGUUUCUCUUUUAAUCUUAGCCGUCGUGGUGGAAGGAAAAAUCAGUUAGCAAAGAAGCAAUCCCAGAAACAGUGUAUCUUUUUGAUGCCUUUAUGCCUUUAGACAAUGUUGAACACAGUGAGAAGGGUAGGUUCCCUUUAUUGAAUGUUUUUUGUGAAAACUUAGUUUUUCAAUGCAUUAUAGGCCUAAAUCAGUGUGCACUACUUUGGACAUUAGCCUUGGAAGAAGGAACAGCUUUUCUUCUUCUGGCACCACAGUGUAUCUGCAUUUGAAUUUCUCCCAUUGUGCAUGAGCACCUCGUGGGCCACAAAGAUGCGCUUUGAGAGCACCCUGAGAUGAAGUUUAUUUUAAAAGGAACAACAACCAACACCACCACCAGCUCCAUAGGGGCUGUCCAGUGUACAUUAUUCUCAUCUCCUUGGGUUAUUAGUCUUGAUUUUUAGAACACAGUUUGGAAAGUGCUAAUUUAGAAUAUUAUUGUCUUUAUCUUUAAUUUUACUUUUCAUUCUGUAAACGUAACUAGCUUAUAAACAAUUUUGUUUCAAAUGCACUAGCCUUUUUAGCUAAUUCAAUUGUCAAUAACUUUUACUUCAAUUAAAAGUGGCAAGUUUACACUCAUAAUAAUGUCACUUUCCUCCCUCCGUUUUAACAAUAGUUGAGAGGAAAUUGUGUUUCGAACAAAAACUGAACUCAAACUCUGUCUCAAGUCCUGAGCUUUGGGACCUAUUGAGUAAUCACUAAAUGUCUGUAGUCAGCCAAGUCUCUUAAAUCUUUGAGCACACAUACACAAAAAUUACUUUGACUAGAGUCCCUGGCUUCUUUUGACUUCCAAAGAUUUUGAUAUGUUAGCAUACAAUUCAAAAGCAGCUUUGAAGAUUAAUUUUGCUCAAACAAAUUUCGUGCUUUUUUCCUGAUUAUUCUACUUUUUAGAAGUCUACUUUUGAAAGUAUAGUAAGUUUUAAUUUGCCAUCAGCAAAUUUGAGAAAUAAUCAUUUGGUGUAUUCACUAUUGGUGAAAUAAAGGUUUAUUGAGCAAAUUAAUAGGGCAAAUUGGCUUCAAGAAAAUAUUUUGUAAAAUGUUUUUUCAUGAAUCAGUAGUGCACUGUUGUCAGUGGGAUAGGUAGAACUCACUGAGAUCACUUAUGCAAGGUUUUUUUUUCAAAAUACAGGUCUGCAAACACACGUAUCUUCCCAUCUCCACUUUCCCUCUAUCUCUAGGCACUGAGAAGACUUUCAGGAAAAUAGGGAUGGAUGUGAGGCAUCUUUCUGUGAAGAAAAGCAUCCCAGAAGAUUCUGAUUUUCACCCCAGCUCAAUCAUUCCAAACUUUGCUGCACAUUGAAAUCACCUGGGAAACUUUUACCAACAACCUUGAUGCCCAAAGCCAUACCCAAUACUAAUUAAAUUAAAAUGUCUCAUGUUGAAGAUGAAGCACAUAUUAAAGCUUCUCAGGUGGUUUUAAUGUGCAGCAAAGUUUGAGAGCCACUGCUUAAUUUGAGUUUAGGAUGAGAAACUGCUCCUAUUUGGUGGGACCUUGGGCAAGUCAGUUUUAAGAGAUGCAGAUAGAUCUUUGAGCAUAUUGGAUGAACGGUUAUGCUCAUUUACGGUUUCCACCGUGCCCAUUACCCAGACAAGAAAUGGAGGUGGGAGUUUAAAUAACUAUUCCUCCUCCACUCCAUCGACUCCCAGCACCAGCCAGGAGGACCUUCACAUCAGUGUUCCUCCCACUGCCAACACACCCACGUCCGUUUGCAAGAAGUCCGUGCGCUGGUCCAACCUGUUUACAUCUGAGAAAGGGAGUGACCCAGACAAAGAGAAGAAAGCCCCGGAGAGUCAUGCUCACACCGUCGGGAGCGGCAGAGCCAUCCCCAUUAAACAGGGCAUGCUCUUAAAGCAAAGUGGGAAAUGGCUGAAGACAUGGAAAAAGAAACAUGUCACCCUGUGUUCCAAUGGCAUGCUCACCUAUUAUUCAAGCUUAGGUGAUUAUGUGAAGAAUAUUCAUGAAAAAGAGAUUGACCUUCGGACAUCUACCAUCAAAGUCCCAGGAAAGUGGCCACCCCUAGCCACAUCGGCCUGCGUGCCCAUCUCCAGCUCUAAAAGCAGUGGCCUAUCCCAGAACAUGAACGGUCUACGUACCUCAGCCAAUUCAGACACUGGGCUGGGUGACUCCAUAUGCAUCAGCCCCAGUAUCUCCAGCACCACCAGCCCCAAGCUCAGCCCACCCCCGCCUCCUCAUGCCAAUAAAAAGAAACACCUAAAGAAGAAAAGCACCAACAACUUAAAAGAUGAUGGCCUGUCCAGCACUGCUGAGGAACAAGAAGAAAACUUUACCAUUGUGUCCGUCACUGGCCAAACGUGGCACUUUAAAGCCACGACGUAUGAGGAGCGGGACGCCUGGGUCCAAGUCAUCCAGAGCCAGAUCCUGGCCAGCCUGCAGUCAUGUGAGAUCAGUAAAGGCAAGUUCCGGCUGACCAGCCAGAGCGAGGCCAUGGCCCUGCAGUCGAUCCAAAACAUGCGUGGGAACUCCCACUGUGUGGACUGUGAGACCCCGAACCCUAAGUGGGCCAGUUUGAACUUGGGAGUCCUCAUGUGUAUUGAAUGCUCAGGAAUCCACCGCAGUCUUGGCACCUGCCUUUCCCGUGUGCGAUCUCUGGACCUGGAUGACUGGCCAGUUGAGCUCAUGAAGGUUAUGUCGUCUAUUGGCAAUGACCUAGCCAACAGCAUCUGGGAAGGGAGCAGCCAGGGGCAGACAAAACCUUCAGCAGAGUCAUCAAGGGAAGAAAAGGAGCGGUGGAUCCAUUCCAAAUAUGAGAAGAAGCUCUUUCUGGCCCCAGUACCCUGCACUGAGCUGUCCCUGGGGCAGCACCUGCUGCGGGCCACCGCUGAUGAGGACCUGCGGACAGUCAUCCUGCUGCUGGCACAUGGCUCCCGUGAGGAGGUGAACGAGACCUGUGGGGAGGGAGACGGCUGCACGGCGCUCCAUCUGGCCUGCCGCAAGGGGAAUGUGGUCCUGGCACAGCUCCUGAUCUGGUACGGGGUGGACGUCACGGCCCGAGAUGCCCACGGGAACACAGCGCUGACCUAUGCCCGGCAGGCCUCCAGCCAGGAGUGCAUCAACGUGCUUCUGCAGUACGGCUGCCCCGACGAAGAUGCAGAUAGAUCUUUGAGCAUAUUUGAUGAGCGGUUAUGCUCAUUUACGGUUUCCACCGUGCCCAUUACCCAGACAAGAAAUGGAGGUGGGAGUUUAAAUAACUAUUCCUCCUCCAUUCCAUCGACUUCCAGCACCAGCCAGGAGGACCUUCACAUCAGUGUUCCUCCCACUGCCAACACACCCACAUCCGUUUGCAAGAAGUCCGUGCGCUGGUCCAACCUGUUUACAUCUGAGAAAGGGAGUGACCCAGACAAAGAGAAGAAAGCCCCGGAGAGUCAUGCUCACACCGUCGGGAGCGGCAGAGCCAUCCCCAUUAAACAGGGCAUGCUCUUAAAGCGAAGUGGGAAAUGGCUGAAGACAUGGAAAAAGAAACAUGUCACCCUGUGUUCCAAUGGCAUGCUCACCUAUUAUUCAAGCUUAGGUGAUUAUGUGAAGAAUAUUCAUAAAAAAGAGAUUGACCUUCGGACAUCUACCAUCAAAGUCCCAGGAAAGUGGCCACCCCUAGCCACAUCGGCCUGCGUGCCCAUCUCCAGCUCUAAAAGCAGUGGCCUAUCCCAGAACAUGAACGGUCUACGUACCUCAGCCAAUUCAGACACUGGGCUGGGUGACUCCAUAUGCAUCAGCCCCAGUAUCUCCAGCACCACCAGCCCCAAGCUCAGCCCACCCCCGCCUCCUCAUGCCAAUAAAAAGAAACACCUAAAGAAGAAAAGCACCAACAACUUAAAAGAUGAUGGCCUGUCCGGCACUGCUGAGGAACAAGAAGAAAACUUUAUCAUUGUGUCCGUCACUGGCCAAACGUGGCACUUUAAAGCCACGACGUAUGAGGAGCGGGACGCCUGGGUCCAAGUCAUCCAGAGCCAGAUCCUGGCCAGCCUGCAGUCAUGUGAGAUCAGUAAAGGCAAGUUCCGGCUGACCAGCCAGAGCGAGGCCAUGGCCCUGCAGUCGAUCCAAAACAUGCGUGGGAACUCCCACUGUGUGGACUGUGAGACCCCGAACCCUAAGUGGGCCAGUUUGAACUUGGGAGUCCUCAUGUGUAUUGAAUGCUCAGGAAUCCACCGCAGUCUUGGCACCUGCCUUUCCCGUGUGCGAUCUCUGGACCUGGAUGACUGGCCAGUUGAGCUCAUGAAGGUUAUGUCGUCUAUUGGCAAUGACCUAGCCAACAGCAUCUGGGAAGGGAGCAGCCAGGGGCAGACAAAACCUUCAGCAGAGUCAUCAAGGGAAGAAAAGGAGCGGUGGAUCCAUUCCAAAUAUGAGAAGAAGCUCUUUCUGGCCCCAGUACCCUGCACUGAGCUGUCCCUGGGGCAGCACCUGCUGCGGGCCACCGCUGAUGAGGACCUGCGGACAGUCAUCCUGCUGCUGGCACAUGGCUCCCGUGAGGAGGUGAGCGAGACCUGUGGGGAGGGAGACGGCUGCACGGCGCUCCAUCUGGCCUGCCGCAAGGGGAAUGUGGUCCUGGCACAGCUCCUGAUCUGGUACGGGGUGGACGUCACGGCCCGAGAUGCCCACGGGAACACAGCGCUGACCUAUGCCCGGCAGGCCUCCAGCCAGGAGUGCAUCAACGUGCUUCUGCAGUACGGCUGCCCCGACGAGUGCGUGUAGUAUCUGUUUUAUUUGACUGCAGUCUCCUUGGUGCAAAAAUGAAAUGGGAAAAAUAAGGAUAACUCACAAUUUCAAAAGGAAAUCACAAAUUCAGCUAAUAAUAGCAUUUUCAGUACUUUUCGUAAACUAAGUAAAUACACAAAAUGUUGAUUUUUCUGACCAUAAGACAUAUUUUAGGAGGGUGGAGCCAAGAUGGCUGAAUAGGAACAGCUCCGGUCUCCAGCUCCCAGCCACAGCGACACAGAAGACGGGUGAUUUCUGCAUUUCUGCUUGAGGUACUGGUUUCAUCUCACUAGGGAGUGCCUAACAGUGGGUGCAGGACAGUUGAUGAAGCGCACUGUGCGCGAGCCGAAGCAGGGCAAGGCAUUGCCUCACUCGGGAAGCGCAAGGGGUCAGGGAGUUCCCUUUCCUAGUCAAAGAAAGGGGAAACAGAAGGCACCUGGAAUAUCAGGUCAGUCCCAUCCUAAUACUGCGCUUUUCCAACGGGCCUGGAAAACGGCACACUAGGAGAUUGUGUCCCGCACCUGGCGCGAAGGGUCCUAUGCCCACGGAGUCUCGCUGAUUGCUAGCACAGCAUUCUGAGAUCAAGCUGCAAGGCGGCAGCGAGGCUCGGGGAGGGGCGCCCGCCAUUGCCCAGGCUUGCUUAGGUAAACAAAGCAGCCAGGAUGCUCGAACUGAGUGGAGCCCACCACAGCUCAAGGAGGCCUGCCUGCCUCUGUAGGCUCCACCUCUGGGGGCAGGGCACAGACAAACAAAAACUCAGCAAGAACCUCCACAGACUUAAAUGUCCCUGUCUGACUGACAGCUUUGAAGAGAGUAGUGGUUCUCCCAGCACGCAGCUGGAGAUCUGAGAACGGACAGACUGCCUCCUAAAGUGGGUCCCUCACCCCUGAGCAGCCUAACUGGGAGGCAUCCCCCCAGUAGGGACAGACUGACACCUCAUUCAGCCAGGUACUCCUCUGAGACAAAACUUCCAGAGGAACUAUCAGACAGCUGAAUUUGUGGUCUCAUGAAAAUACGCUGUUCUGCAGCCACCGCUGCUGACACCCAGCCAAACAGGGUCUGGAGUGGACCUCUAGUAAACUCCAACAGACCUGCAGCUGAGGGUGCUGUCUGGUAGAAGGAAAACUAACAAACAGAAAGGACAUCCACACCAAAAACCCAUCUGUACAUCACCAUCAUCAAAGACAAAAAGUAGAUAAAACCACAAAGAUGGGGAAAAAACAGGGCAAAAAAACUGGAAACUCUAAAAAACAGAGCACCUCUCCUCCUCCAAAGGAACGCAGUUCCUCACCAGCAACGGAACAAAGCUGGAUGGAGGAUGACUUUGACGAGUUGAGAGAAGAAGGCUUCAGACGAUCAAACUACUCUGAGCUACGAGAGGAAAUUCAA